GCUCCCGACGGCGUUCUCUCCCGCCCUGUUCCGCUCCGUUCAGCCCUGUCCCGUGCCGUGCCGUGCCGUGCCGUGCCGGAUGGCCGCGAUCUCUCGGGCACCCGUGGGCCGAGGGCAGGGCCGCAGCCACGUACCCCGCAGGACCGGCAGCCGUGGUGACCUAGCGGUGGUGGACACAGAGCUGGAGAACGCUGGAAGAACUCUGUCCCAGCACGGCAGGUUCCUGAAGGUGUGCGAUGGAAACGCUGCUGGCAUGCAGCGGUGCCAGGGGCCGGGAGGCUCCGUGCGGGCAGGGAGCAGCCGGGCAGCUCCGGGCAGCGCCGCCCACACGCGGCUGAGAUCGGUCCUGGAGAAAGUGGCACAGCUAGAGAGCAAAAUCAUGGGUCAAAAAAAGCACCUGGAACUGCAGAACACUGACCCGGGCCUGAAGCCUGCGGCUGAGGAGUGCACCUCGUCUGCCUCUGGGCAUGAAGGCAGUGCCAGGGGGAGGAGGUACUGGAAGAAUGAUGGUACCCGCAGGAAUGCCUCUUCUGGGGCAGAGGAAAGCAUGCAAAGCCCUAAAAGGAGCGUUGUGGUUAAACAACACCUUGAUCUGGACAGUGAUGAAGAGGAAAUGAGAGAACUGAUGGAGAGCUCUUUGGGGUUUUCCAGUGGAAGUGAGAAUCAGAAGGUUCUGAGUAAGACUCCAGUUCCAUCAGGAAAGGCUCCUCCUCCUCGUAAGGAAGUUUCAUCAGCAGAGUUAUCUAAAGCAUCUUCUUCUCACAGCAAAGACUCAGAGAAAAGCGUGUUUGGUAGAGUCAAUUCACCAGCACCUUCACCCACCAGCAGAAACCUGUCGGGACAUACCAGGAGAUCUCGACUGCUGUCAUCUUCCAUGAAAGACAACACUGUAAAGAGUGCUCUGCCUAAAGCAGGCCACACUAAGCAAAUGCAAGACUCCCUUGAAAGUGACAGAAGUGAAAUAAAGUCAUUAGAUGAACUAUUCUCUGAAGGAGCUGGUGCAGAAGAUCCAUCUAGCAGCAGUUUGAAAUACUUUGGACUGAAUAUCAUGAGCCUUGAUGAUUUGGCACCAGAUUCUACCAGUAAGGCAGCAGAAUUAAAGCAGAAAGGAAAAGACAUUCAGUUUACUCAAGAAUCAAACAAAUACGUGAAAAAAGAUACAUUGCUGGUGGAAGAGGACCAGGCUGCUCUGAAAAUGACCAGUGCAAUAAGUGACAUGAGUGAUUCUUCUGAAGAGGAAGUUGAAAAAUCUGUCUCUGAAGCUGAAAUCUCUGAACAUUUAAGUGGAGUUUCCUCAGAUUUCCCUCCACGCAAACAGGAUUCCCUUAAUCAGAAUGAGAGUACUCUUAACUCAGAAUAUUCUGAAGACUUUGAAAAGUCUCUGUCUGCGACGGAGGGGGAAUCUGCAGAGGGACAUGGUGAGAGCUGCAGGUGUUGUGGAGCACGCCCACCCUCGGGGUCAUCCCCGGAGCAGCACAGGCGGGGACACCGAGUGACAGUCACAGAAAGCGCAGUGCAGACAGCAGAGCCCCCCUGCACCUCCUGCUGGCCGAAGGCAGACCCCGCUGCGGUGCUCGCCCCGCCUGGAGCCGGCUCCAUCGAUCCGGUGCCGAUUGCCAGACACGUGAUCAGCAUGGAUGCAGUAGAAGCCCUGACCGCGUACAGCCCCUCGCUUCUCGUCCUCCACGCCAUGUGCAAGCAGCACCUGAUGCUGACCCAGCAGUUUGUGGAGAACGUUCAGCACCUUCACACAGCCCUCGUGGAGUCGUUAGAGCACGAGGAGUUCCACUACCAUACCCUGGAAGAGGCUAAAGAGUACAUCAAGAAUCACAAAUCCCCACCUCUAACAAUUGAGCAGGCACUGGAAGAAAUUCGGAGAGAGCCCAGGAGAAAUAACUUGGACAGUUAUUGAACUUUAAGUGACAUUCAUAUUCACAGCUCUAAGGCUGAA